AUGACUGCUGAUAAAUCUUUAUCUCCCGAUUUGGAACCACACGUAAUAGUGGCAGAUGAAGCUUUUCCCUUGAAGUCGUAUUUAAUGCGACCGUAUAGUAAGAAUGAUGUUCGCAAUAAUGAACCGAAUAAAAUAUACAACUACCGGCUAAGCCGUGCUAGACGUAUCGUUGAAAAUUCUUUCGCCAUUUUAAGAGCAAGAUGGCGCGUUUUCGCCAAACCUAUGGAAGUACAACCUGAUAUGGUGGACAAAAUUAUUUUAGCAACAUGUUGCUUACACAAUUAUUUAGGUAUUGAUACUUUGCCAUCUGACUGUCAAACACAAGAUGAUAAUGAGACGCCAUUGGGACCUACAGCUUUGGAGGACUUGGACACCUUACGCAGAAAUUCUACACAACAUGCUUUUUCUGUCCGAAAUAAAUUUAAGGAAUAUUUUAAUUCCAACGAAGGUGCAGUUCCGUGGCAAGUAGAUAUUGUAAGGAGAGGAAGACAAAAUACUUUAUAA